AGACAGCAACUAGAACCCAGCACCGAUCACAGCUCAGGUUUCCACUAUGGCCCAGGCUCCUGCAGGUGAUGAAUUUCGCCCAGUGGAAUUGGGAAAGCAAGAGCCUUCUGCACCUUCUGUCACUCAGGAUUCAGGGAGAAAACCAGGACAAGAGCAAAAAGAGCAGCCGCCGAAUGCUGACACUGGUCUAGCCAACCAACAGUUUCUCCUGAGAAAGUUCUUUGUUGCCAGGCCAGGAGCGUUUGAUCAGGCGCUUGAAGAUUUAACCAAUCAGAUCUUAUCGAAAGAGAAGGAGACUGUUAGCAGUGCGUGGCUACUAGCAGAAAUUGAUCACUGGAACAAUGAGAAAGAACGAGUUGUACUAAUAGCAGAUGAUAAUCUUUUUAUCUGCAAGUAUGACUUCAUCAUGCUAUGCUGCCAGCAGAUUCACAAAGUUCCUCUCAACUACAUAGACCGGAUAUGUAGUGGCGCUUUCACCUUUCCAGAGAAGUCUCUAGACAAGAGGGAAGGAGAAGGUCUACGUAUCCAUUGGGACAAACUGCGUGAAAUCCCCUUUUUCUCCCGCUGGAACCCUUUAUCCAGUGACAUACCCUACACUACUUUCAUUGAUCACCCAUUGAAGAACUACUCUGAGAAGUUUUCUUCCAUUUGUCAGCUGUCUAGCUUUUCCGAACAGCUGAUAAAAGCUGUACAAGAAGCACACAAGACAAACCCUGUGCCAGGCCGAGCCAAUGGAGCCCUAAUUCUAAACCAGCCUCUUUCAAUUGAGACAUAUGUUGGCUUGACAUCCUUCAUUGGGAACCGCAACAAACUUGGUUAUUCUCUUGCAAGAGGCAGUGUUGGCUUUUAAGUACAUUUAAUGUAAAGUUAUACAUUUCCUUACAUCAGAACAUUUCUCUGUGCUGCAUAUUUGUUUAUUUU